AUGGCAAUCUGCAUGAAACUGCAGGCAAAAAAUUUAUUGAUAACACAACCUUGGACUUGCAGUAAAGUUUGGGAACCAAUUAUUCAAAAGGUAUUAGAAUUAAUUCAAGUUAUCAAAAAAUAUUCACAUUAUCUUAAUAUAGCAAAUGAGCGGAUGCAAGAAAUUCAUCACAGUGAUGUUCUAGCUCAAGAUCUAACUGUUGAUCUUAAGGUCUAUACAAUUAAUAGUAUCAUGCAUAUGAAAAGAAGAUAUGGCGAAUUAUCAGAAUUUUUAAAAAGUAAAGAAGAUUAUGAAUAUGUUAAUUUAGAAUCUUUUCUUUCAAAUGAUGUUUUCAAAAAACAUAUAUAUAUUAAAGAAUUGCAAUUUGAUGUAGCAGUAACAAUUUAUCAGUAUCACCAAGGCAACUAUCUUGGAACAUUAAACUAUAUUUGA